AUGCUCGUAGACGAUUCGGAUUUUAUCAUUAAGCGAAAACGCAACCGUGCAGGGCCGAAUGCUCCUCUCCUUGCAUCGUUGAAUCUCCCACAAUCUAGCCGUACGGCACAUAUUGCGGUUGACCUUGCUCCUCUUACCUUACAAGAACAACAUUUGACGUAUAGACAACCGUCUCUACCGAAAAAGCUUCUUGACGUAGAUCUUGCGCCGAUAACUGUCGAGAGCUUUUUGCGGUGGUCCGCUCAAACACCGACGGAAACACGGAAGCAAAGACAUCGACGCAAGAUCAAGUUAAUGUCUGACCAUAUAAGACGAGGUUGUAAUCUCGCAGACGACAGGAGACACUCGGCUUUAAGCGUUGCUGUGCGUCGUCCCCAUCAGUACGCUCGACGUUUCCCUACGGGAGACAAGGUUAUGAAUUCCCUCACUGCAUUUCAUACCACAAGACCUCGAACGUUCAAGCGGAAGGAAGGAACGCUUGCUGGGCGUCUCCUUACUGCUGCGGUGCUCUCUCAUGUUGAGCCAAUACACCACAUCGUUGAUCCAUCAGUGGAUGCGCAUACAUGCACUCGCAUCCCUCUUCUAUUUGGUCGCGCUGAUCAUGCAUCUUCUGUCCCACCGACGCACUGUUCUCCACAACUGAAACCAGAUGACCCACGAAAAUCUGUUCGGUUCUGCGUCCAAGGGAGCGGCUUCAAUAUCUCGGACGAGAUUUCGCACCCAUCGAUCCCACCUCGAAUGCAGCUCGAGAAACCGAUAUCAAGCUGGAUGCCUAAUUCCCUUGCGCGGAAUAUUGAGCCUUCCAGCAAACGUCGCAAACUCUCGCUCGGACUUGCCAAGGAUGUCAACGAAUCUGAGUCUAACCAGGUGCUACGCAAUGUCAUUCCGUUUACUCUCGUGCCAUUGCAGCUACAUGAGGCACAGUUGCAUAAAAGGUUCAUCUCUAUUGACACUGUCCAUUGA